CUAUGAUGAGGAUAAAAUGGUAAAAUUAACAAAGCCCACUUGGCCCAAUUGUCGUUCCGAAGAACACGCCUUGUCGCUCUGCGUAUAAGAGUGUGCUCAGGCAAAAAUGAAAGAACAAAAACACAGAGACACCUUUAAAAUUGAGAAAUUUUACUUUUUAGCCCAAAACUUUUAAAACUUAUACUUUGAACCCUUUAGUUCUGAGAAAAUGUGCGGAGGAGCUGUAAUUUCCGAUUACAUAGCGCCGGAGAAGAUUGCGAGAUCAUCUGGAAAGUCUUCCUGGAGAAGUAAUGGCGUCUUUGACUGCUCAAUCUACGAUUUCGAUGGAAAUUUCGAUGAAUUAGAGUCCGAUGAGCCAUUUGUCUUCUCCUCUACUCACAAACAUCAUGCUUCAGGCUCAGCAUCAGAUGGGAAGAAGAAACAGAGCAGUCGGUACAAAGGAAUCAGAAGAAGGCCUUGGGGAAGAUGGGCGGCUGAGAUACGUGAUCCAAUCAAAGGAGUUCGAGUUUGGCUCGGGACUUUCAACACAGCUGAAGAAGCUGCAAGAGCUUAUGAUCUUGAAGCUAAGAGAAUCCGUGGAGCCAAAGCUAAGCUCAAUUUCCCUAACGAAUCCUCUGGAAAGAGGAAAGCCAAGGCUAAGACUGUGCAACAGGUAGAGGAGAAUCAUGAGGCUGAUCUUGAUGUGGCGGUGGUAAGCUCAGCGCCUAGUAGUAGCUGUCUUGAUUUCUUGUGGGAGGAGAAUAAUCCGGACACGCUUCUGAUUGAUACACAAUGGCUCGAAGAUAUCAUCAUGGGCGAUGCGAAUAAGAAACAUGAACCUAAUGAUAGUGAAGAAGCCAACAACGUUGAUGCUUCUCUGCUUUCUGAAGAGCUUCUUGCUUUUGAGAACCAGACCGAAUAUUUCUCGCAGAUGCCUUUUACGGAGGGAAACUGUGAUUCCUCAACGUCUCUGAGUAGUCUCUUUGAUGGAGGCAAUGACAUGGGUCUAUGGUCCUGAACGGUUCUAUUGUACAAAUGACAUGAGUGUUUUAAAUGAGUUCUUCUUCGACUUGUCUGUUUGCUAUUUAUUCUUCAAACCUUAGCCAGUGUCAAACAAAAACGGCCACUACGACUAUUGUUUUGAAGAUUGCGAUAUUUUAAGUUGUAAGAAUGUAGAGAAUAAUGUUUGGGAAGAACAAAGCUCGAUUC